AAUCAAGUAAUUUUGUCGUCGCACGGGUGACCUACCAUGUAUUCUUUGGUACUAAUCUAGAACACUCCCAUUGGGACGGUAGGUUUGUUGCAGCAUAUUACUUUUAGCAUGGCGUCAUCAUCGGUUCUGACUCUCGCAUUAUACUGUAUAUCUGCCGCGGCGGCCCAGCCUCAAGUUACCACGAAAAAUGGUGUGAUACAAGGACUUGUGAAAACAGUAGCGGGGCAUUCUGUGAAUCAGUUUUUAGGGAUUCCUUUUGCUGAACCACCUGUAGGAGCUCUGAGGUUUAUGAAACCACAGCCGCCCUCUAACUGGACUGGGGUUAAGCAGACCACCGCUUUCGGUGCGGCGUGUAUGCAGAAUACCACUGACAGGACUGUCUUCAUUCCUUACAAUGUUCAGCUGUCUGAAGACUGUCUAACCCUGAAUGUGUUUGUCCCGGGGACUGUGAGUAACACUAACAGGAAGGCGGUAAUGGUCUGGAUACACGGCGGGGCUUUCACCAUCGGAGGAACCAGUAUCUACCUUUUUAAUGAAUUUGUGGUACAAACUGACGUCAUCGUGGUAUCGGUCAACUACCGCCUGGGUCCAUUUGGAUUUUUGACCACUGGUGACGUCAACGCUCCUGGUAACGCUGGACUUUGGGAUCUAAUAGAGGGACUCAAAUGGGUGCAAGACAACAUAGAAAACUUUGGCGGAAACCCUAAAAAUGUGACUAUUUUCGGGGAAUCGGCAGGUGGCUGUAUCGUUUCACAACUAGCUAUGACGGUAGCCUCCAGGGAUCUUUUCCAUCGUUUUAUAUCCAUGAGUGGCACCGCGCUAAGUGAUUGGGCCUGGGUGAGAGACGGACCUCAGGUCGCUACCAAGGUUGGCCAAUCUCUUGGGUGUAACGCCGCUGCAUCGGAAAAGGCAAAAUUGGUCGCCUGUCUCCGUGCAACCAAUGCAACCUCCUUGCUCAGAGCGUCCGACCAGUCAAUGUUCCCAGGACGUAACUCAUACCCUUUUGGACCUGUCGUCGAUGGCGACAUGUUUCCUCUUCCUGUGGUGGAAAUGUUGAAAGAUAUCAACUCAACUGUUAUGAAAAACUUUUUCUCGUUGGAUUACAUGGGUGGAUUUACGGAUUCUGAUGGAGGAGUCAACCAUUUUUUCCCAACUAUCAACAUCACCUUUGGUGUGCCGCCCACCUAUAUGAGGGACACCCUGAUUCCUCAGUUUGCUGCCGGUGCGUCCGUCUAUCACAAAGAUGAAAUUGCACAGAAACUGAGAGAAGUUUACUACGAUGCAAAUGCCGACAUGGAAAGGACUGGACGUCUAAUGGUCAACCUGUAUACUGAUACCCUUUUUUCUGUGCCCACAGUUGGUUUUCUCAGAAGUCAUCUUUUAGCGCCCGGUGGCUCCACCUUUCUUUACUAUUUCACCAAGGAGCCGUCAUUCCCGCAUCUCCUACCCGUACCAGACUGGUUUAAGGGGGUGAACCACGGAGACGAUAUCGCCUUCAUGUUAGGACCUGAUAGUGCUGCUCAAUUCAACUCUAACUUGACAGGAAUAGAGGGGAACACAUCCAGAGCUUUUAUGACCUAUUUGGCAAACUUUGCAAAAACUGGAAACCCUAACAUCCCUGAUACUGUUCCAAGUCCAUGGCCGGAGUAUACGUAUACGAGGGAAGAAUAUCUAGACAUCGGUGACGUCAUCAUCAAUAAAACUGACGUCAUACCACGGCGCAUUAACCUGUGGUUAGACACCAUCCCUGCGAUACUCGCCAGGCCCACCACUUCCGCUCCGUCCACGACGCCGGUGGCUAGUGAAGGUAGCCUAGUCCAGUUGAGCACCAUGCUUGCCAUCCUUAUCAUGUUAAACGCCUCGAAGUUACUUAAUUGAAGGCAUCCCUUUUCCUGCUUUAUCAUAUUACCGUGGUUCUGUAUCCAUGUGUAAAAAUAACGUUAAAGAAAAUGCCUUGCCCAAAGGACAUCUUUUUAUAUACAGUGUUUGAUUCCUACUCCCUGUGAACAGUAAGUACAUUGUAGCUUUAGGUUGGCUUUGUGAUAUAGUGUGUAUACGCAUGUAUUUUGCACUUUGUCUGAAGAAACAUAAUUAAUCUGCGGUCCUGGUAGGGAUAACUGCAGCUGUGGUGUAGGCAAGGACUCUCCAGUUGAUAGUCCACAUUCUUUUUAAUACUACCGUGUAACUACCACCUUUACUGCUUUCCAGCUUCUUAGUUACGGCCCAAGUUUGUGGUCCGUUUUGAAAAAUCCUCACUACGCAAACUUUUAUGAAUUUUAUGGUUAUGUCUGAACAUUUACUGGAUUUUAGACUAAAACAGAUAAAUAAAUAAAUUUAUUAUUAUUAUUUUAUUAUUAUUGUUAUUAUAUA